GGCGGCGGUAGUAGCGGUCGACAGUCGGGCGAGCCAACAGGCAUAUCGCCACACUCGGUAGGCUACUUCCACGGCAAAAUCACUCGUGAUCAGGCUGAAGCUGCAUUAUUUGCACACAAGGCGCUUGAAGGUCUCUUUCUACUCCGUGAAAGUGUUCACCAAAACUACGCAAUCUCCAUAUGUCACGGUGGACGUGUGCAUCAUUACAACAUUGAGAAACAGCCUGAUGGAUCUUACCAAAUUCGUACUGGUAUGUGGCAUUGCUAUUGA